CGGAAGCAGAAAGGCGCCGGAAGUGGAAGGGCGCUGCUGUCAGUGCUGAAGGAGAAGGGGGUUCGUAUUGGUGCAGUGCUUGUCUUCGCGGCCGGAGCUGCGUACUGAGGGAUGAAGGCGUUCCGUUGAGGGUGUUCUGGAACCAAAAAGAUACUGUGUGUGUUCCAGUUCCAUCUUGUCCAGGACUGGUUUCCCAUCUGCUCUCAGCAUGGCAACGUCACUUAGGGCUGUGUGGUCCAGCUGUCUCUGGAUGCGUUCAGUAGCUGCUUGUAAGCAAGUCCCACUACGAGUUGGAGCUGUAUGUCAUGCUUGUCGUAAAUCGACGUACUCAGUGCUCCCUGAAGACUACAACUGCAAAGUGGAACUUGCCUUGACAUCAGAUUCGAAGACAAUUGUCUGCUACCACCCUUCACUCGAGAUUCCAUACGAGCACACACAACCCGUGCCGCGCCCAGAUCCGGUGAAUAACAAAGAAGAAACUCUAGAUCAAAUUUUGAAAUCCAGAUUGAAUGAAGAAGAGCUAAAGAAUGAUAGAGGACUUAGAAUUGAAGAGCUCAGCAAAAUGUUUUACACUACAAAACAUCGGUGGUACCCUGUGGGACAGUAUCAGAGAAGACGGAAGAAUCCUAAUCCUCCUAAAGAGAGAUAAUUAAGAUGACUUCUUGCUCAUGAGCAUGUUGUUAUUGAUCCUUAUUUGAAAUAAAAAAAAAUACAGAAAUGUU